AUGGCGAUUCUCUUUGCUGUCUGUUUCUUGCUAUCCCUGGCAUCAGCUUCUACAGUGGUAGAUCUGGGCUAUGCUAGCUAUGAGGGUCGUACAAUUUCCACCGGAAUCACGCAGUGGCUUGGCAUGCGGUUUGCUGCUCCUCCUGUAGGAGAUCUGCGAUUCGCUGCCCCGCAGAAUCCUUUGUCUGUCGAGGGAAUACAGCAAGCAACCGAGCAUGGAAGUAUAUGCAUCCCUACAGCAGCAAGUGAAGGCCGAGCAGUCCCAGCAGGAACCUCAGAGGACUGUCUGUUUCUAGAUAUAUAUGCUCCCACAGAUGCAGUAAAAGGUUCAAAAAAACUGCCCGUCUUCUUUUGGAUCCAAGGAGGAGGCUUUGCAGUCAAUUCAAAUGCCAACUAUAACGGCACUGGAUUGAUAAAGGCAUCCGGAAAUAACAUGGUAGUGGUCACUUCCAACUACCGAGUUGGACCCUACGGAUUUCUUGCCGGAGAAGAGAUUGAAAAAGGAGCUAGUCUGAAUAAUGGUCUGAAAGACCAACGCAAGGCACUGAAGUGGGUUCAGCAGUAUAUCAGCAAAUUUGGUGGAGACCCUAAACAUGUUGUCAUUGGUGGUGAUAGUGCUGGUGCUGCCUCGGUGACUCUCAUGCUCUCGGCGUAUGGUGGCAGAGACGAAGGCUUGUUUGUUGGAGCUGCUGCACAGUCCCAGAGCUUUGCCCAGAUGCUCAACGUUACCGAAAGUCAAUUUGCAUACGAUGCCCUGGUAACUGCGACUGCAUGUGACAGUAGUCAAAAUACUUUGGCGUGCCUGCGCAACCUCGAUGUCAAUGCUUUGCAGCAGAAGAACGUUAACAGACCCAACCCAGGAGCACAAGGGAAGCCUUUGUACCUGUACGGACCCACAAUCGACGAGGACCUGGUGCCAGACUACACGUACCGGCUCUUUCAUGAAGGUAAAUUCAUCAAAGUACCGGUAUUAUUUGGCGAUGACACCAAUGAGGGCACGAGAUUCGUUACCAAGAGCACCUCCAAUGUCGAGGAGGCAGAUACGUUCAUCCGGAACCAAUUUCCAGCAAUCAAACAGGCCCAUCUUGCCAGGAUCAACGGUAUAUAUCUUACUCCAAACCAGACGGAGGAAUUUCCUGGCGCCGGGUCCUACUGGCGGCCGGCAAGCACGGCGUACGGCGAAAUUCGCUACAUCUGUCCCGGAAUUGAUAUGUCUUCUAUCUACGCAGCGGCAGGUGUUCCAAGCUGGAAUUACCACUACGCAGUUCAGGACCCCGACGAUGAGAGCUCAGGAUUAGGCACACCGCACACUGUCGAAGUGAAUGCAAUCUGGGGUCCGACCAAUACUGGCCACAAAGCUCCAGCUUCAUACUACACCACCAACGCAGGCAUCGUGCCUAUGAUGCAGGGCUACUGGGCAAGUUUUAUUACGUCUUUGGACCCCAACGCCAAACGUCUUCUUUCGAGUCCAAAGUGGCAGACUUGGGGUCAAGGUAGUGAUGCAUACCAGCGGAUCUUCAUUCGAACCAACGAGACUAGAAUGGAGACAGUGCCACAGGGACAAAGAAACCGAUGUAAAUAUUUGACUAGCAUUGGUCUUGAUUUGAAGCAGUAG